AUGACUACAGAGAGGGGUGAACAUAUUCCUUCACCUGCUCAAGGUGUGGGACCAUUCUACCGACCUGAUGGUGAGAAACCAACAGCAACAGUGUCGAAAGAUGUCUCCUAUGAGAAUGUUCAUGUUCUACCCCAAACCCCCCAAUUGAUCGCGCUCCUAACAAUGAUAAGGGAUCAAAGAACCGGGCGCGCUGACUUCAUAUUCUACUCAAACCGCAUCAUUCGGCUUCUGGUCGAAGAGGGCCUGAACCAUCUGCCUGUUGUGGAACAGUCCGUCACGACUCCUGUUGGCCGUUCCUAUUUGGGAGUCAAAUUCCAGGGGAAGAUUUGUGGUGUCUCGAUCAUGAGGGCAGGAGAAGCUAUGGAACAAGGACUGAGAGAUUGCUGUCGAUCAGUCCGCAUCGGGAAGAUAUUGAUUCAAAGAGACGAAGAGACUUGCCGUCCGAAACUGUUCUAUGAGAAGCUCCCCGCUGAUAUUGCGCAGAGAUGGGUCCUUCUUCUGGACCCCAUGUUUGCAACAGGUGGCUCUGCAACGAUGGCCGUUGAAGUUUUGAAAUCCAAGGGCGUGCCGGAAGAGCGUAUUCUUUUUCUAAAUCUUAUAGCCAGUCCUUCUGGGGUUGCAGAUUUCGCUCAACGGUUUCCGAAACUCAGAGUAGUGACAGCUUUUAUCGACCAGGGAUUAGACGAGAAGAAAUACAUUAUUCCAGGCCUCGGUGACUUCGGUGAUAGAUAUUACACUCUAUAG